AUGACAACAAGAAUUAAAACUAAAACUUUAAAUGUUGGAAAUGAUCAAGAGAUUAUUGAUGUUCCAGGUAAUAAAUUAUUAGAAUGGUUAACAGAUAGAAAAAAGAUACAGCAACAUUGGAAAAGGUCACAAUCAAACAUAUUAAAAUUAAUUGACAAUGCAUGUGAAGUCACUUCAAUUGAAAAGAAGGAAUAUAGUUAUUAUGAUUGUCAAAGGAUAUUUAAAGAGUUUGAAGGUGCACCUGGUGGUAAUGCAACUACAUUAUUCGGUGCUUAUUCAAAUGUAAAUACACAAAAAUGGUUUGAAGUUAUUAAAGCUUAUGAAAAAGAUAAUUAUCAUAUUGGUGAAUCUUGUCAAAUCUUAUCACAUAAUUUAAAUUAUGAAAUACCAAAUUUAAGGAAAACAAUUGAAAAAUCAAUUAAAACAAUUGAAGAGGAUCAAAAAAAACCAUAUUUAAAGAAUAAAACAACGGCAUUAUCAACAUUUAAAAAAGCGUGUAAUGAUUUAGGUAUAAAAGGUGACAAAAUUCGUGAAGAAAUCAUUGAAUUACCAUUACAAUUAACUCCUUUAUUUAAUGAGGUUGUUGAUUCACUAUCUUCAAAUAAAUCAGUUUCAAAUUCAAUAGAAUUUUAUAACAAUUUUUUAAGAUUAACAAAAGUUGAAUUGGAUGAUACUUGUAAAGAACCAUUACCAUUACUCUUAUUUUUAAUUAAACAUGGUAAUGUUACAAUGAAAGAAAGAGAAAUAAUAUUAAAUCCACAAAAAAUAAAAUUAAAUGAUCAAAUUAAAGAUAAUUAUAAUAAUAUUAAAGAUGAUAAUAAUAAUAAUAAAAAUAAUGAAAAUAAUGAAAAUAAUAAUAAUAAUAAUAAUAAUAAUAAUAAUAAUAAUAAUAAUAAUAAUAAUAAUAAUAAUAAUAAUAAUAAUAAUAAUAAUAAUUUAAAUAGUGAAAAUCAACCAAAUUUAGAGAUUGAUUGGUGUAUUACAGAGGAUGUAGUACCAAUAGGAGAACAACCAGUUAUAGUUUGGGAAGAUAGUGAAGUAGAUUUGGACUCUCAAAAUAUUGAAUGGGAUGAUUUUUCAAUGGAUACAAUUGAAAUGGUUGAUGGCUCUUCGAUUACUACAACAAUUGAAUUAGUAGAAAGUGGUGGUGAUGUUGGUAAUGAUAAUAGUAAAAGUGAUAAUAAUAAUUUUAAAUCUAUACCCAAUAUUGAAAUUGAAGAAAAAGAUAAACAACAAGAACAAGAACAAAAACAAGAACAAAAACAACAAGAUAGAUUUGAUGAACCAAUUAACCCAAAUGAAACAAUUUUAGAAUUUAGACCUUUAAGGAAUCAAUUUUUAGAUGAAUUAUUUGAAUUAGAAAUUUUUUUAAAUAAUAGAUGUUUUGAAAUGGAGAAAUCAAAUUCAAUGUUUGGAAUUGAUCAAUUAAAUGAUGAAUCAACUGAUAUAUCAACAUCACAAUGUAAAGAAUAUUUAAAGAGUAUUAGUGAUAUAUUGAUUAAACUAUCCAAUACUAGAGUUAGACAAAUUUUAGAGAUUAAAUCAAGUAAAAAAUUUGUUGAUCGUUUAGUUUUACAAUUCACUCAAAAACAACAAAACAUUGCUAAAUAUACACAAUUAAUUAUAGAGAGUGAUCAAAAAAUUGAAGAUUUAAAUUUAACAUUAGGUCAAUCAAGAAAUAAAAUUGACCAAUUCAAUAAAGAAACAAAAAUAUUAAAAUCAAAUUUAGAACAAUCAAUUUCAAAUUCAUUAUUUGAUAAAAAGAAAAUUAAUAUUAUGAUACCAUUUUCUUUAAAUUAA